AUGGCUUCGAGCCUCCAGAUUAAUAGACUGCACCCGACUUUCGGUGCCGAGGUUGAGGGCAUCGACUUUUCGAAACCGAUUAGCGAUGAACAGAUAAUAGAGAUCAAAGACACUGUCUCUCAGUACGGUGUAUGUGUGUUUCGGGGCACAUCGCUGGAUGACGCCAGGCAGGUUGAGCUGGGGCGUAAAUUUGGUGAAACCGAACGUCUGAAAGGAAUGCCAGCCGAGCAGUCCAGGCUUAAGUCACUUGAAUUGACGGACCAGAGCAACCUCGAGGUUGAUGGAACCUUGCUUGAUCCCAUGAGCAUGAAGGCACUAUCCAACAAGGGGAACGAGCUGUUUCACGUGGACGGUAGCUACAACGUGAGACGAACGAGGUUCUCCAUUCUAAGGGCUUACGAGAUACCGCCUUUGGAAGCUGGCGGAAAUACGGACUUUGCGGACACGAGGACAGCCUUCUCAGAGCUUGAUGCUUCCUGGAAGGAUGAGCUGCUAAGUAAAGACUACGUGGCGAGGCACUCUUUCUGGCACAGUCGAAAGACCGCGUCGCCCGAAGCCCUUGCAAAGCUUGAGCCGGAUCGGUACCCUUUCUCGAGGCACAAGCUGGUCCAGACACACCAGCCGAGUGGAUGCAUGAACCUUUAUAUCCCAUCUCACAUUCGCAGCAUCGAAGGACUGUCUGAUGAAGAGUCAGCAGACAAGCUGGCCUUCCUAAGACAGCAUGUUACGCAGAGAAAAUACAUUCUGAGCAUCGAAUGGCUGAAUGUAGGUGACUUAGUCAUCUGGGACAAUACUUGCACGUUGCACCGGGCCACCGAGCUCAAGGGCGCGUUCAGAAGGGACAUGAGACGUUGUGGUAUCCUCGACGAUGGCCCGGACGCUUUUGGGCUAAACGUACAGGAUGAUGACUUGAAUUUUGCGUUCAACAAAGACGUGAUGUUUGAUAUUGUCAGCGUCUACGUGCGGAACCUCGAGGAGCGCGUCAAGGUUGAGCCCCUCAAAACCGCCCUCCGCGAGAUCUUCUCUGAGUUUGGCAAUGUCAUUGAUAUCGUCGCCAAGACCAAUCUGAAGGCCAAAGGCCAGGCCUUCAUCGUCUUUGACAACCACGACUCGGCCAAACAAGCUGCAGAGGAGGCCGACGGCUUCGACCUGUUCGAGAAGCCCAUGCAGGUGGCUCUGGCCAGGUCUAGGAGCGACGCGACAGUGCAAAAGUUCGGAACCGAGGAGGAGUUCGAGCAGCACAAGAGGCGGCGAGCAGCAGAGAAAGACAAAAAGAAGGCACUCGAGGCCGAGCAGCAACGCCUCAAGCGCCCUGCCCCAGGCGGCGAGCAGUCUGGCCGCCCGUCAAAAGCAGCAAGAGGUGCUGGCCUCAAGCCCACCGGCCCCGCCGCCGCCGCGGUCGUUCCCGACGAGUACCUGCCACCAAACAAGAUUCUUUUCGUCCAGAAUCUUCCCGACGACAGCGAUGCUGUCACACUCACAAACCUCUUUGGCCGUUUCGAGGGCUUCCGUGAGGUUCGUAUGGUGCCUGGCCGUCGGGGGAUAGCGUUCGUCGAGUACGAGAACGAGGCGGGUGCUAUCGCUGCCAGGGAGAACUUGGCUGGCACCCAGCUUGGUGGCAAGAACAUCAAGGUCACGUACCAGAGGCAGUAA